AUGCUGAGAACACAGGUCACAGAGACAGUCGAGUUCCGAUUCAGGGGCCAGGUAAGGCUGCAUAUCGCAUGCCUGGCUCUGCAAAGUAUCUGGCUAACCAUCACAGGCGAUGGUAAGAUCAAGGGAGCGCUGAACUCGUACUCCUUGGACGCAAUCAUCGUGUCAUCCAGAGGACCGGCAAACUAUUUUGCAGCUUGCGGUGGUCUCCCGCAGAUUACAGUCCCACUGGACUAUCAAACUGCAAGUCUGGAUUUGGAAUACAACAAUGCUUAUGGGAUUUCAGACAUCGGAGACGUCUUGUCGGAGCUUAUCCUGCUGAGGAUCGGCGUUGUUCUUGAGAACAUCACACGCGCGAGGGACGAAGCAGAUGCCAGGCGCCUCGUGUGA